AUGCGUCGCCAGCUGUACAUUUCGGAGACGACGGCUUCCAUCAAGGAGCACGACGGACACAUGGAGUGGGACCGGGAUCCCGACGGCACGAUAUUCACUGCGGAUGUGGCGGCUAACGUUCAGUUUGGAGAAGGUCAAGGAGCAGCUCGCGCCAUGGAGGCGGGUUUCGACGAAUCCACGCGGCCCCUGCAAGGCCCGACGCCUGGCAGACGCCCCAAGGUGUCGGGCGAUGCGAGCGCGGCGCAAAGAAAUGUUCAUAAAGCACGCAGGCACCUCAGGCUUCCGGACGGCUGUCGGCGUUCAUUCAGCGCGGACACGAUGGUGGGCGGGACAUCUAGAAAUUCUGCAGGUCUGGACAAGGCGGCGCGCAUGGUUAGGCGUGAGAUUCAAACUUCACGCAUGGCAAGUAUUAUCAAAUAA